AUGAUAACAAAAGAAGGUAACAAAACAGGAUCAUGGAAUAAAGUAGCAAAUAAUGUUCCUGUCUCAUGGGAUGCUAUAGGAGGCAUUGUCAUGAGCAAAGGAAAACGACUAUUUUACUACAAAUUAACAAUUGCUGAUAUUGCCACUCGAUCAGUCACCACAAAAAGUUUAUCAGGACAUUCUUUUCCUGUCACUUCAAUGUUAUUGACUACGCAUACAACCAUGGACCUUGUUCGAUGGUUACAAGAAUUUGAAGCAGCACACUUUAGUAAAAGUGUCAAGCACUUAAAUAUUACACAAAGAAGAAAAAACGUUCAAGUUUAUGCACAAGAUGAAUGUCGCUAUUCAACAGCAUUAGAUCAGACUCUUAAUGAAACAGAUCUUGAAGCAGAUGAAAUUGAAAAUAGUGUUAGUCAACAAAAUGCUACAGAUGCAAAACGUUAUGGUUAUCGAGCUACCAAAACGAUUGAGCAUUGUGAUAGUCAUACCAAUAGAACUACUGGAAUUUCUGAAUCUCGACUAAAAGUAAUAAAGCACACUAUUCUUCGUGGUGAGGUAUCGUCACGAGUUGAUCAAGUUGUUAAAACACUUGGUUCUAAUAUUCGUCAAACUGAAAUAAAUUAUUCCAAUCAUUACUUACAUAAUUUAACAGGAAACAGAAGUGUACGAACGAAAAAACUAUUAGCUGAAGAAACAUGGAAUAAACGUGCGCCAUCACCAACUACUACCAGUAUUUAUUCUGAAAAACCGAAGUUAUCACUUGUAGCUCAAGUAAAAAAAGCUCUUAACAGUAAAACUAAUACCGAUAAAUAA